GCCGGGUUGCAGCGCCGGUCGUGGAGGUUUCGGUGCCCGAAGCCGGGAGCGCGGAGUCGUUCCCGGGAGCGCCGGCCAGGCUAUGAUCGCGGGUCCCCGGCGGCCCGCUCCGGCCAACCAGAGUCCCUGUCUCAGCUUGUGCCCGUGCCCGAGCGGUCUCCUCAGCUUGACCCCGCGGCGCAGUUGGCGGCGGCGCCCGCAGUGCGCCCCCUCCUCCGAUGGCGGCAGAGAUCCAGCCCAAGCCGCUGACCCGCAAGCCGAUCCUGCUGCAGCGGGUCGAGGGGUCUCAGGAGGUGGUGAAUAUGGCCGUGAUCGUGCCCAAGGAGGAGGGCGUCAUCAGUGUCUCGGAGGACAGGACUGUUCGUGUGUGGUUAAAGAGAGACAGUGGACAAUAUUGGCCAAGCAUAUACCAUGUGAUGCCUUCUCCAUGUUCAUGCAUGUCUUUUAACCCGGAAACAAGAAGACUGUCCAUAGGUCUAGACAAUGGUACAAUCUCAGAGUUUCUUCUAUCCGAAGAUUAUAACAAGAUGACUCCUGUGAAAAACUAUCAAGCGCAUCAGAGCAGAGUGACGAUGAUCCUGUUUGUCCUGGAGCUGGAGUGGGUGCUGAGCACGGGACAGGACAAGCAAUUUGCCUGGCACUGCUCUGAGAGUGGGCAACGCCUGGGAGGUUAUCGCACCAGUGCUGUGGCCUCAGGCCUGCAAUUUGAUGUUGAAACCCGGCACGUGUUUAUUGGUGACCACUCAGGCCAAGUAACCAUCCUCAAACUGGAGCAAGAAAACUGCACCCUGGUCACAACAUUCAGAGGACAUACAGGUGGGGUGACUGCUCUCUGCUGGGACCCCGUCCAGCGGGUGUUGUUCUCGGGGAGCUCCGACCACUCUGUCAUCAUGUGGGACAUCGGUGGGAGAAAAGGAACAGCCAUCGAGCUCCAAGGACAUAGUGACAGAGUCCAGGCCCUGUCCUAUGCACAGCACACGCGGCAGCUCAUCUCCUGUGGUGGUGACGGUGGGAUUGUCGUCUGGAACAUGGACGUGGAGAGGCAGGAGACCCCUGAAUGGUUGGACAGUGAUUCCUGCCAAAAGUGCGAUCAGCCUUUCUUUUGGAACUUCAAGCAGAUGUGGGACAGCAAGAAAAUUGGCCUGAGACAGCACCACUGCCGGAAGUGCGGGAAGGCCGUCUGCGGCAAGUGCAGCUCCAAGCGCUCCUCCAUCCCUCUGAUGGGCUUCGAGUUUGAAGUGAGGGUGUGUGACAGCUGCCACGAGGCCAUCACCGACGAGGAACGUGCACCCACGGCGACCUUCCAUGACAGUAAACAUAACAUCGUGCAUGUGCAUUUUGAUGCCACCAGAGGAUGGUUACUGACUUCGGGAACUGACAAGGUUAUUAAGGAUGAAUUCCAAGGAUGUAUAUACAAAUGUUAAGGCUUCUGCUCAACCGGCUUUCAGAAAGGACGACAGCACGUGUACGAGAGAGCCUGCUUCCCACGACACUGUGGCGGGGCCCAGCCGGCCCAUCCUGGCCCCCCCCCGUGCCUCAGUUUCCCCAUCUGGAAAUGGGCAUGAUGCUAGUGCCCACCGCAGUGGGGCUGUGAGGACACACGCGUCAGUAUCCAGACACGGCUGUGAGCAGCUCUGGGCUCUCAGGUGUCCUGGGGAUGCUCCUGUGCUGCUGUUUUCAGGGGCGGAGGAAAGAGCUACAGAGCCCACGUGAUUUACCCGAGGCCACGGAGUUGGGAGGGCCAGAUCCCGAGGAGAGCUCUGCUCUCCCUCCCUGCUGCUCCAACGCGCUUCCAGAAAAUUCCACGUGUCUCCUUCGUGAUUGUUACUGACCUGUGUGCAUCACUACUUCUAGGAACCCGGGCGGCGCGGCGGCGGCGAGGUGGCCUGGCCUAUCCCCACGUUCCCAGAGUCUCCCGUUGACUUCCCUCGGUCCCUCUCGCCCCCCUCGGUUCGGUUCGUUCCUCUCCGACACUCAGUGUGCACUGGCUCCGCCCGUCCCGAGGGAGGGGCCCCCAGCCGCACCCCACCCCAGGGCCGCCCCCUCUCUCCGCCAGGCGCGGGGCAGAUUAACAGCAGCUCCGCCUGUGAGGACCAGCCUGCCCCUCUCAGUGGAAACGAAGCCGUUCCUAGUCCUCCUGAUACUGCUUUUAGGCCAGUCCAGGGCAGAGUCAGUCCUGCGGCCGCCCAAGAUACCUUUAGAUGAAACGCAGGUGCCGUGGAAAUGAAAGACCUACCUGGGGUGUCGACCCAGCCGGGAUGCAUGCACGAGAAGUGGAUGGUCGGGUGCGCUCGGGCCCACUGCUCCGUCAGGACCACCUGCUGCCUCUGCACGGGGUGGGUGGGGGGCGAGGAUGAACAAACGGGAGGGGGGCAAGGGGGCCCCUACCCUGCCUCGCCCGCGCCCCAUGUCAGAUUUCACCUUGCUCUAGAAUCGGCUCUCUACCCCACAAGCUCUGGCUACAACCCAGCGCUGCGUCCCGACCCCUCCGUUUGAGACGCAGACCAGCACCGGAAAUGAGGGAACGCCAACGCCGCACGCUGCCCGGGGGCUUCCCCCUCCCCUCCCCCUCCGGAAAUGACACCCAGAGAGUCCUCUUUCCUAGUUGCUUGUGUUGCGGUGUUCGUUGCUGGGGCCCGCUCACUGUGUACCCUGGCCACCGGCACAGGCCGGCACUGAGCGGGUGUCCGUGGACUUGUGAAGGAACUCCUGCCUUGGAGUGUAGGACGCGUACUGGGGAUGCUUAGAGAACACAGCUGUUGCAAAUUCCCUGAAAUAUCAAGUACCCCCCCACUUAAGCCUCAGCUGCAGGGAGACUACUGCCCAAUCCCAGGGCACUUUGAUUACGUUUUGCAAAGAGCUCCAUCUGGGCCUCAUUUACGGAGUGAGUGGUUUGUUCCCAUGUUCCCUGUAAAAACUGUCAAGAAGUAUGGUUCCUUCAAUUGUCAGGAUUGAGUCAUGAGAAGUAAUCCACCAGGAGCUGGCCUGGGGCUCGCUGAGGGAAAGCGGGGCAGAGCCAGGGCGCAGGGGGGGCGGUUUCGGACAGAGGCAGACCACACCAACAGGAGGGACAGCUGGUGGGCACUGGCAGCUUCACAAACGACGAGGGAGCCCACCCAAGUAAUGAACUGAGGGGCCAGAACUAUAAAUGUGGAAGGUAUAUAGCCGGCUUCUAAAAACAGCUGUGAUGAGCUGAUGAACGACGGCGUGACUACACUUUCUGUUAAGAUCCGGCAUGAGAUCUGGACCCCUGCCCUUUCCUUUCAGAAUUGGAUGCACAUGCCCUUCAAAGGGAGCCCGGAAACCCAGCGUUGUUCCAGGGGCAUCUGUCCAGCCAGUGAGCAGGGGCUGCCCAGGGAGAGAGGAGUGACUUCCUGGGUCCAUAUUCCCUCUGAGCCGUGCCGGGCAAGGAACCCCUGCUGGGCUCCUGCUGUGGCGGCCACCGGCUCUCCCCAUGCUCUUUGUGGGUCUAAGAAACCAGGGAAGAGAGGUGGCGGCCUUUGUGGCUCUUCCUAGGGGCUAGCUGAAGCCCCCCAGCCCCACCCUGGUCCAGGCAGAGCUGGGCUGGGCCAGGCUCCUGAUGGAGAAGAGGGUUCUCUCUCCACUGGGGAACAUUCAGGUGCUGCUGGGAAUUACUAUGGUCCAAAUUAACGUGAAUCCCAGAAUUAGCCUUCCUUGGAAAAGCACCCAGGUGGCAGCCUUGAGAAACUCCCCUCACGUACUUUGUUUUGUGCAUAGACCAUGGUACCAUCGAAUGCUGUCCUUUCUGACUGUAGAUCAUCGGUAUUCAGUUUCUGAACCAACAUUCCUCCAGAGGAGACUGUCACCUGCAAUAAAUAUAAUGGAGAUAUGUACAGAAAAGUUCAUAAUACCCUCCCAUCCCUCUUCUCUGUCAAGCAGCGUAUUGGUUUCUUGUUGCUACUGCAACAAAUGACCACAAACUUAGCGGCUUAUAAAGUCGCAGAUGAAUUCCCCACUGGAAGCUCUGGAAUGCAGAAGUCUGAAACGGGUCUUAUGGGGCUAAAAUCAAGGUGUCAGCAGAGCUGCAUUCCUUCUGGCAGUUUCAGGGGGGAUCCGUUCCUUCCCUUCUCCAGCUUCUAGAGGCCACUCGCAUGCCUUGCUUUGGGGCUGCACCAUGCCGACCGCCUCUGCUUCCACUGUCAAGUCUCCCCUGACUCUGGCCCUCUUUUUAGGACCCCUGUGACUACACUGGCCCACCUGGGUAAUCCACGAUACCCUCCCCAUCUCAAUACCCUUAACUUAAUCACACCUGCAGAGUCCCCUUUGGCCACGUCAAGGUGACAUUCACAGGUGCCAGGAACUAGGACCUGGACCUCUUGGAUCAGGGGAGGUCUUUAUUCUGGCCCUCACAGCACAGAGAAUGCAGCCUUCCUCCCGACUUCUCUGAUUUCCGUCACUGUAACCCAUUAGCCUGUCCCCUCCCCAUUGAGAGGCAGGUUCUCCAGGAAGUGCACCCACCCACCCACUGCUGACUGCCUUCCCCGGCUGCCCCUGCUCUUCAGAAGCUCCCCUUUCUGAAGGCUUGGCCAACUCCCAGAUGACACUGGGGAAGAGCCUACAGUGAGGGCUGGGGCUUUGCACAGCUCUGCCUCCCUUUCGGCAGGGGGCUCGUUGGUUGUGUAUGGGCAGCAGCCACCCAGCUGCGGCAAGAGGCAGGAGCAGGGAGGGUGGAGGGCCCCUGAGAGCGGGGCAGGGGGGGCAGGAUGGACAGCCGGCUCCCAGGAAGUCUCUACUGCCAGAGCGAGCAUUCUGGAAUCCCAGGCCCCGCCUACAAGCCCCUCAAGUACGUGUGUCCUGAGGACAAAGCCGCAGGCUGACCCUCACCUUGACCUGGAUCCCUCCCCACUUCACUGGCCCCUCCCUAGACCCACCUGGACGCCGUCUGGGUUGGCACACCGCUGCUGGAUCUCAGAUUAUCCAACAGAAGGCCCAUGGACCCAGGGGACAGAAUUUGGCUCCCCCUAUGGACGUGGACAGCAUGGCCCCCUCGGGACAGUUGGGGCAACAAACGUAGGACCACUGAUUUCCCAUCAGGAGCAAAGUCAUUCACUUACAAAACAUCCCCAAAGUCAACUCACCACUCUGGGGUCGUGUUCUUUCUCCAAGACGGGGAUCAGGGCGGUCGUGAGAACAUACACACCUGGGGAGGCACAGAGCAUUCAUGAGGGGGCAUGGGGCCAUCUGGUGCCGCGGGACCCCUCCUCUCAGGUGGCCGCGGGGUGGUGGUGAGGUAGCACCGUUUACCCGCUUCCUCCGGGUGAGCGGCAAGGGGCUGCCUGAGCUGCGGUCCCUUCCUCUCAGAGGGUUUCUAGUUGGAUCGCUGGAACCAGCCCUGAGUUGCUACUACCCACUAUCCUGUCCCUUCUCCAGCCUCAUGGUUUCCUUUCCCCAGGAUUGGAACAAAGAUGCCUUAGAACCUCAGGGACUGAGACAAUAAAAUGUCCUCACCAGAGGAAGGGAAAAAGCAAACUGCACAACAGUCUGUGAUCCCACUUGGCAGAGAAAAAAAAUGUAUAUAGACACAUAUGUUCAUUAUGUCUAGAGUGUGCACGGAAAAACAUGAACAGGAAAUGUGAAAUGUAGCAACACUGCUUAGGCCCCAAGGGUGGGAUUAAGUAAAGCGUUUGCUUCCUUUGCUGGGCAUUUCUCUACGGUUUGAAUUUGAAUAUUUCUACAAUGAGCAUAUAACCUUAUGGUUAUUUCUGCAAUCAUAAAAACUGUAUGUCUAACAUUUGUAAGAAAUGAGAAAAAUAUUGUUGAAGUGUAUCUGACAUGGAGAUAUUCACAGUACAUGGAAUGAGACGUUUACAAAACGGCAGGAGGAACAGAAUUCCGUUUUUGUGAGGAAAGAUGUGUCAAAGUGAAGAAAAAGUAUCUGCAAGGAUGAUACUGUGGUGCACUAAAAUGUUCAAAAUGCUUAUCUCUGAGUGGGCAAUUAUUAUUUCUGUGUUCUUAUGCUUAUCUCUUUUUUUUUUUUUCCCCAAACA